GGAGUUUCCACAGUAAAGCGGCGGUGGAUUACGCUCUCUCCGAGACCAAGACCAGAGAUCACCAUCCCGUAGCCAUAGACAUUUUGGCUCAAGCCGUGCGUCGCCCCCAUCGGCUCUCCGCCCCCGACGCCGCCACAGCUACACAAUGGCGGCCGCCACGCCCCCUGUGCGGAGCCCGCCCGCUGACGUUGACGACGCUGCCUCUCCAAAGGGCGGCAGACAUGACGUGUGGGCCGCCAUCGAAGAGCAGCUCGAAGAUGAGCUGCACGAGGCCCACGCCACCAUGGAGCACGUGGAGCUCUUGGCCACGGCCGAGGCCGCUGCGCUGCGCCGUCGCUCCGGGCGCGCUGGCGGGCGCCAGCUCGCCUCGUGCGGUCCAGGGCAGCGCCGAUUGUGCCUGCACUUCCUGAGCGGGAUGGCGCGGUUGGGCCAGAGCUCGCCGCAGUGCUUCUUCUGGGCGAUGAACACGUUCGACGGCAGCUUCGCGGCGAUCGCGGGCGAGGGGCCUCUCGAGGAGAACCGCCGCGUCCUCGCGAGCGCCGCGGCGGCGUGGCUCGUGGCCUCGAAGUGCGAAGGGCACGCGGCCCGGGGCCCAGCGACGGCGCUGCAGAUCGUCACGCUGCACGCCUCGCAGCUCUCCGAGGCGAUGGGCGGCCCCCCCAUCCUCGCCGACGACGUCCGCCGGGAGGAGCUGGGGCUGCUGAAGGCCGGCCUGCCGAACCUGUAUGAGCCGACGAUGCUGCAGUGGAUCGACCUGGUGCGCGCGCGCUUCGACGCCGUCUCCCGGCGCCGCGCCGUGGGCGUGUUCAAGGCCACGGUGCCAUGGAUGCACGCCGUUGCCGCCCUGGCGUUGCAGGCGAGCCCGCCGAGUGAGCAGUUCCCGCCGCGCGCGAUGGUGGCGGCCACGUCAGGCCUGGCCCUCGUCGCGGCCGGCCUGCUCAGCGCGGACGCGUUGCUGCCAGCCUACAUGACUGACGCGCGCUGGCAAGACGCCCUCGACCAGGUCCUGCAGGAACCGGAGGAGCGCCUCAGGCACGUCGAUCCCCGUUGUUUGGAGCCGACGGUGGCACGCGCCGCUCUGGAGUACGCGACGGGCCUUACGAUCGAGGAGGUGCGAAACUACGUGCCGUGCGUGGUGAUGUUGGCCAUCGGGGCGCGCAAAAUGCAGCAGCAGCAGCAGCAGCAGGAGGAGCAGCACAAGGCGGCGAAGUAGGAGGCGCCUUUCCGCCGACCGCCCCUGGCAGCAGGGCUCCUCUCACCGCCCUGCCCGUCGUCGAACUCCGCGUUCGAGACGGACCACCCCAGCUGCCUAAACGGGCAGCCCGAGUCGCAGUGGUCCUCCUCCACCACAUGAUCUCAUCCCCUCCGCCGCCGCCCAAUGACCUCACCCGGAUCCAAUCGGUGCAGGACGUCUCCAACAUGCUGAGUUGCGCAUAGGGUUAUCUUUCAGGUGUUGGGUCUGGAACCUUCUGGGGGAGUGCCCAAGCGACUAUUUGUUGACGCAGAUAGGUCAGUCGAACUGUUUUCCGCAGCACGAGCAGACGCAGCAUCCAGCGUGCCUGACUUGCCAUGCGCAGUUGGGCGACCAAUGUAUCCUCGAACAAGGGUUUCCUUUUUCAAUGUCUGAAGCAGUUUCGGUGGGCAAGAGGACAGCUUUUAAAAGCCUCUCCUUCCCUUGCUGCGCUGACCAGGGCGGCCAUGAGUGUAUUCCUCCUCCUCCUCCUCCUCCUCCCCCUCCUCCUCCUCCUCCUCCUCCUCCUCUUCCCCGUUCCCAGCCCCACCCCCCGUCCCACACUGCACUGCUUGCACUCUCCUUUGGCGUGCGGCUGCUGCCGCGAAUGAUCGGGUCGUGGCCACGAUCGCUCGGGAAGUGGCGAGGCGGGCGCUGCUGGCCCAGUCGGCUCGCUUGCGUGAGCUGGCGGCUCGGGGGGGCCCCCACUCCUCGUCCUCCUUCGCGUACUCCUCCGAGUGCUGCUGCUGCUGCUGCUGCCGCCUCUUCCUCUUCCUCGGGGCCCCCCCAGCCAUUCCGUUUGGGCGAGAAGCAGAUCCUGGAAGCAAUCCCUGGAGAUUGCCGCAAGUUUCAUUGCCCAGGGACGGCGUGCUUCAAAACCAGAACCGCGGGCGAAGCCUCGGGGACAGAUUUUCAUGCAAUUAUUUAUGCAAUUAUUAUCGGUCUGCGAGUUUGAGCCGCGCCGCCGACCCCCUCGAACGCGUUGAUGCCCGCGUCUCGUGGUGGGUUGGGGCCCGAGCAUUCGCCCCGUGCCUGCAGAGGCUGCAUGCCCUGCGAAGCUGCCUGCGAAGGCCACUCGGGGACCCACUUUUUGUUCGAGAUGCGCUGACAAGGCGAUCGCGAUCGGUCCCCCAGAGCCAUUCGAGUUUCCCCCCAGAGUCAUUCGAGUUCGAGUUCUGCUCCUCCUCCUCCUCCUCCUCCUCCUCCUCCUGCCCCUCGAUCCUGACAGCACCUAUCCGGGGGGAGCCCACCGUUUCCAACGCGUGUAUGGUGUCACGACAGCAUCUCAGCAGGCUCGAACAUACCGCGCAACGAGUUGUAGUUCCGGGUGUGGUCUUCCUUGCUCGGGCAACGGCUCGGCACGAGGGCCAUCCAUCGCGAUCGGCCCGCAAAGCGGGCGACUGUGAUGCCGAUGUGCGCACGUGAGUUCUGAGCCGUGCGCUGUCCCAGCGCCGAAGUGAGAUGUGGCCGUCCCCUCGCACGCCUGAAUAUCAAGUCCUUGAGUCAUUUAACUGGACUUGCGCCAAACUGGUCAAAGACUCCUGCUCCUCCUCCUCUCCCUCCUUCGUCUCCUUCUCCACCUCUCCUUCCCCCUCCCCACGUCUGCUGUACGAUAGCCAUUGCGCAUGAGCCAGCCCGAGGCCUGGACCCUUUGAAGCCUGCCCCAACCUUUUGCGGCAGUGCGCUUCAAAGCGCUUGGGCUCUACUUUGUUGCUCUAUGCUACGGUUCUAUGUUUAUUUUCUGCCCGUGGAACUCGAGGCGGCUGAUGUUUUUUCUGGCAGUGCUCCAAGC